AUGCUUACGUCAGGACUCUCUCAAGACGAAGGCCAAAACGGGAGAAAGCAUUGUAAUCUGCCAGUGCACACAUUGAAGGUCGCUAGCUUGAUUCGAGGGAUGUUUAGCGUUUUCGAUAUGUUCAACGAUCUCAAGGACGUUAUUCUCCUGAUUAAGGGGAACUUUCUGCUUGAUGCGCUCACAAUAGGCGGUCUCGGAGUACUGUGUGUUCCGGUCGAGUUCAUUUUGAAAGGAAACCACCGGCUUUUCCGGCUGGACGACCCGUCGAUCCAGUUCCCAAUGACCGAACACGAGCGGGUGCCUAACCUGGCUCUGGUCGUCAUUGCCGGUAUUCUGCCAAUGGUUGCAAUUGUUCUCCUCUCGUGGAGACGCAAGCACACUGUGCAACAUAUCCUCAUUGCCGUGAUGGCUUUCGUCAUGGCAAUGGUUGUGAAUCUGUUCAUCACCGGUCUGGUAAAGCUGUGGAUCGGAAACACCCGCCCGGACCUCAUUUCUCGAUGCAUGCCGGCCACUGGCACUCCUCUGCACGAGUAUGUAUCGGUCGAGGUCUGCACAAACACAAAGAAGUCGGUUCUGAGCGACGGAUUCCGCUCGACUCCCUCUGGUCACUCCUCGAAUUCGUUCUGUGGCUUGGGCUUCCUCAGUCUCUGGACCAGCGGCCAGUUCGGGCUAUGGCGCAGUGGUGCCAGUGUUUACAAGAUCCUAAUUGGCGGGUUCCCUCUUGUUGUUGCGCUUUACGUUGCUGUCUCGCGGAUCGCAGAUUACAGACAUCAUUGGUUCGACGUGCUGCUGGGCUCGUGCUUUGGAUUCACCGUGGCAUACUUUACCUAUUUCCACUACUACCCCAGCGUCCAGAGCCCGCAGUCGUACGUGCCGCUUGCGGUAAUUGAAUCGAACGAAAGUGAUGAUGUUGUAUAA